UAGAGAGGUGAUCUCUCAGUUGAAAAAGUAGUAGUUUUUUGUAGUUUUUCUACAUUCAUGGGGUCCUGUGCCCCUAACUCCAGCGAAUGUGGGGGUCCUACUGUUUACCAACAUCCCAGCCCCUUCUGGUACCAAGCAUUUCAGAUAAGGGAGACUCUACCUGUCCAGUCUUCCAGAUAACCCCCCCCCCCCCAAUUGUGUCUCCUGUCCAGAAGCAUCAAUGGUCCAGUGCUCAGGUGGUCUUAACGUCUUGCUUUCUCUUGCCCCUCCAGGACCUGACGGCCCCUUGAUGGAGGGAGAAGAGGACUCAGGUGCUGCCCGGCCCCCGCAGGGCUCCCCACGGCCAGGGGGUGAGAGACCCUUCCCCUUCCCGGCCUGGGAGGAGGGUUCAGGGGACGAGAACGCGCUGGUGAUCCAUAGCCAGGUGGAGGAAGAGGAGGAGCGCCACAAGUGUCUGGCGUGCGGGGAGAGCUUUCCGCAGCCGCUCGGCCUCCUGCGCCACCAGAAGCAGCAGCACGCGGGCGAGCGGGCCUUCGUGUGCCCCGAGUGCGGCCGGGGCUUCGGCCUCAAGCACAACCUCAUCAUCCACCAGCGGAUCCACACCGGGGAGAAGCCCUUCGCCUGCAGCAUCUGCGGGAAGCGCUUCAGCCUCAAGCAGAACCUCUUGACACACCAACGGGUCCACGGCGGAGGUGGCACCGAGCGGCGGCCCUUCUCCUGCGCAGCCUGCGGGAAGAGCUUCCGGGAACAGCGGCUGCUCUUCGCCCACCAGAAAGGAGGUGCCUGCAGACCAUCCGUUCCGGAGAAAACGGGGAUGCCAACACGAGGGAGGCCCUGCCCGUCGAGCGAGGGCGGCGAAGACGUAGGGCAGCGGCCACUGAGGGUUAAGCACCAAGAGAAGUCCCACCCGAACGGCGGGGCGGCCGCCGCCUUCACCUGCCACCAGUGUGGGGAAGGCUUCAGCUGCCGAAGCAGCCUGGUCAGCCACCAGCGGACCCACCGGGCAGAGAAGCCCCUCCCGAGCGAGGAGGGCAGGAGGCGUUUCAGCCCCAAGGAGACCCCAAGGAGCCCAGGGAAGAGACGCCAACCAGGAGAGGCCCCCUUCCAGUGCCUGACCUGCGGGAAGAGCUUUGCCCAGAAGAGCAACCUGGCUGCGCACCGGAGGAGCCACCUGGGGCAGGAGAUGCUCAGCUGAGGAGGCUGCCCCCGCCAGAGGAAAGCCUUGCAACGAUCGGAGUGCCUGGAGAAGGGGAGGUGUUGGUGGAGAAUGGGGUACCCACGGUGCCCAUGGCAAGAAUUGGGCGGGAAGAGGGGAUGAUGGGAUCUGUCCUGGGCAGCCUUGCGGUGGGGUAGGGGGCACCCCUCUGGGGGUCUUGACCGUGGACCACUGGAUGUCUAAAAAGGACUCGGAAACCCAUCGCUUGCAAUUCCCAAGUGUCACUUGGGAAGCGUCCUGGAGAUGAACCUCUUCAGUCCCAUUUUCCAUGAACUGACCCUCUUCGCCCCAUUUCAGCCCAGGAGGCCCUGCUUGUCUUCACAGAUGAAUCUGGCCCUCCGUUGUCUCGCUUCUGGUCUCCUUUUUCAGUCAGGAAAGCGGUGUGUGCAACACCCAUUUUAUUUUAUAUUUUAUAAACUUACUCAGCUUUAUCUGAUUUCCUUUCCUUUCUGGGUGACUGACACAGACCUGCCAAGGUUUUCCAACUUCUGUUCAUUCUGGCCAAUUUCACCCCCAAGAUCUGCGCUGUGAGUUUUUGGGAUCAGAGCGAAAGAUGUUAUUUUUCUUUGCAGGGAGAGAGAGGCGAAGGGUCCAGAAUUGUGCCAAAGAGAUCCAGUGUUCCCUCGGGGGGGGGCUCGUUUUGGGGGGAUGGGGGGGAUCGUUGGAUCGGUUAAAGCGGAAGGAUUACAUCAGAACUUUGCAGUGGGUUUUUCUGUAAAGGGGACACUCUCUCCCAUGCCUGUUUCUUCUGGAUUGGAAUUGGGAAGUGGAUGUGGAAAGGGACUCAUUGCUUGUGGACAGAAACCUUUGGAUGAUGGAAAGAGAAUGAGAGAUUCUCCGAAGAGGUUCGCGUGAUUUAUCUUUCCUUCAAGGCCUUCUUCUCCUUGGGAAGUGGGCUAUCCAAAGUAAAAGGAAAGAGAGGGUGGGACCGGUUUGAGGGAGGAAAAAUAUCAAACAAAUGGGCCGAAUCCUAUUCUGAGGCUGCAUCUGCACUGCAGAAAUAAUGCAGCUUGAUACCGCCUUUUAAGUGUCUUUGCUCAAUGUUACUGGAAUCAAUCCUGGGAUUUGUAGUUUGUUGAAGCACCAGAGCUCUCUGGCAGAGAAGCCUAAACGUCUCAACUGCAAAUCCCAGGAUUCCAUAGCAUUGGAGCCAUGGCAGUUAAAGCAGUGUCAAACUGCAUUAUUUUUGCAGUGCAGAUGCAGCCGUAGACCUGAAUAGUGUAGACCCCAAAAUAGUGGGACUUUGUGUUGACUCACUAUUCAAGAGCUGAUUUCUGUGGGUCUACUCUAGUAACUAAGCAGUAGGAUUGAGGCCGUUAAUAUCCAGGACCCUAUUUUGGGAAAGGUUUUGAAUAGGGGAAGAAUUUCCUAUCAGACAUCGGAAACAUCCACUUUUUCUUUAAAGUCCAAAUUGCUUGUUAUUGGCUUGGAGAGGAGUCCCCUUCAGAGCCAAAUCUUUACAAAUAGGGCAGGGCCAAAUGCAGUCUUCAGCCUCUUGGGUCCAGUUUAUGGAGCUUUCCACCUGCUUUCUUCUCCCUUUUUGCUCUCAGCCUCGUCCGCUGCUCUGUGGGUUUGUCCUUGCCUUUCGUUUUCUCGGUUUUUAACAGCUCUUCCGCUUGACCAAAUAAUCCACGUUGAGUAUCUUAAAAGGCAUUUUUUAAGCUGCACAUGAUUCAGCUGCUUGCAGAUCUUCCUGGAAACAGUUCUGCAGCCUCUGUCCAAAUAAAGUGUUUCCCGAACUCGCUUCCCUGGCUUGUCCAGGUGGGCAUACAGGUGUGCUGUGCCAAGUGUUGGCAAUCCAAAGCUGCAGAUUGCUGAUUGAAUGAACGGUUGUGCAAGAAAGGGCUCUGCUCCGGGUUGCACUCUGAACUUUAAAGGGUCCUGGAUAUGUUUAGGGUUUAUCACUUAGGAUGGCACCUUUAAAGUGUGGAUUAAGACCCAGAGCGGAUUGUCACCCAUUGGCUUAAGCCACAUCGUCUGCCCCUGGACGGGUCAGUGAGCUCCUCUUCCGGCCAACUAUAAAGUCCCAUUCACAAAUGAUCACCAAGCGUGGCGCACACUUCCAGGUUGCACCAGGACUACGGUUGCAAAUAUUCAGUGGUCAAAUGAAAGAGGAGUGGACGAUGGGCUAUGUUCCACUUUAGUGCAAGUCUGGAGAUCAUGGGCCUACAGGCCACACAUGGCACAAAUACACUCCCAGUCAUGCACCCUAAAUAAUCUUUCCCAGUCAGAGAUAAUGGAAGAAUUAGACACGCUUUCUGUUGCAGAGUUGCACUAUUCCUUGGCAGAAUCUUCCCAAAUGGCUCCUCGAGUGAUGCUGCCAAAAGCAGCUGGCAUGUGCCUGUUGUUCCUUUGUGUCCAUCUGUGGCCAGUUUCCAUGUGCCCCAUCCCCAAACUGUCCCACCGAAGGGAAUAUAUGGCUGUUCCUGGGGUGAGUUCACUGCUGAUGUGACGAGCAGGUUUUGCAAAGUAUGGCUGCUCAGAUACAGGGGCCAUGUUGGUACCUUCAUGAAGCCAGAUGUGGAAUGCAAGCAAUUGGGUUGCAGAAAAGGUUGAAAAAGACGCCUUGUGCUACCUUUUCCAACUCGGUGACUUUGUGAAGCAGAUGUUGAAAGUGGAAGCAUUGCAUUCAGGCUGCUGGAGAGAAAGAUUGUCUUCUGUUUUAGGGAGUCAGGGAAAUGGAGUCCCAGGUUCUGGCUGCUUUCCUGAAAUGGUUCCUUUCCUCUGCCAUGCUCCAUGGGAGAAAUCCUGCUUCAGCAUCCAGUACUUGCUGGGGGUCCAUGGAGGGGGUCCCCUGGAUAUAUCAACCCCCCCCCCCCCGAAUAUAUACUCAGAGAGACACAAAGGAGGCAAUUUCAAUGGUCCAAGGGCCAGCAGAAACUGGAUAAACUUGGGCAAGCGCCAGGGUUGCCCUGCUUUGCAAGGACUCAAAGGGUCUUGGUGGAAGAGACUUGAUACCCACUGUACUUUGUGGAUGAUGAUGAUGAUGCACCUUAUUCUUCCUGUCCCCUUUGCUUGGACCUCUUUCUUUGUUCAAUAAAAUGUCCAUUCGCCUUU